AUGGCAAACCAACAGCAACAAAUACCAAACGCACCCUUCCCCGCCCCACCCCCCUUCUGGAAGCAUUUCACCACCGAGAACCUCUCUCGCCUCAAAGCGCUGAAAGAAUCCAAUAUCCAGCCUGAAGAUAUACCACUCGAGCUCAGCUACCUCGAGCCUCCUACACCACCCUCCGAGAACUACACCAUCUUCGGAGAAGAACAAACCCUCUCCACGACCCUCCCCCCACUCUCACAGCUAGGAAUCCCACAACUCUACCCCUCCACCCCAACCAACCAGAACCACCACGCCGCCUCCCUCCUCCAGAUCCUCCGAUCCCUACAGCUAAACUUCCAAGAAUUAAGCGUGAUCCUCUCUCAAAACCCGACCCUUGUCGGGCCGAAACUAGAAGAUAUCAAGAAUCUGUUUCAGAAUGCGCAUUGGCUGAUCAAUAUGUACCGGCCGCAUCAGGCCAGGGAGAGUCUGAUUGCGAUGAUGGAGGAGCAGGUUGAGGAGGGGAGGAGGGAGAUGCAGGAAUGUGAGAGGGUGAAAGCAAAAGCGGAAAAGCAGCUCGAGGAGAUUGAGAGGGAGGGUCAUGAGGUUGAGAGGAGGGAUGGGGAUGGUGGAAAUGGGAAGAAGGAUGACGAUGUGAGGAAUGGUACGAGUACGGCGGGUGCAACCGGUGCAGAUGAGCGUGCUAAGUAUUUAUGGAGGAUGAUGACCGAUAUCGACAUUGAAGCCGAUUGA